AGCAUUAAAAUGAUUGUAUACUAGCAGACUGGGAUGGCGCGUAUGUGUGUGUCAUGUAAAUUACAAUCGGGAAAAAUGAAAAGCCAAAAAGUACUUAGAAUUUUAUUACUAUAUAAUAUUUUAGAGACGGUCUACAGAGUAGUGCAAGCAGGGGAUGGUCGCACACAUGCGUUCGUCCAUGUGGACGGUGACUUGCGUUAUUUAGUGGAUGGUGUAUCGAUGGAAAUGAAAGAGUUUUACAGAGAAGAGGACACAUCAGCAAUAAGUUUUACUGAUCUUAAUGAAGAGAAUUUAAAUGCAUAUGCCAGCCCAAUUGCAUUUCAUCCUCCAAUGUUAAAUUUUCAUUCACAUCCUGUGGGAAUGCCUCACAUGGAGCAUGUCAUUGUUCAAAAUUUAAGUCCCGACACUAGCAUUCAUAUGUUAUCAAUAUCAGGGAAUACCUUGCAUACACAUUGUUCUUUUUUUCAAGAAAAGGUCAUUCCACCUGGUGGAAAUACCAGUUUUGAUGUAGUUCUUUUGGCCAGAGAAGAAGGUCCUGUGGAAGAUACAUUAUUUAUUCAUACAUCAUUAGGUUCUUUUAAAUUUCAAGUUUCUGCUGUUGGUAUUCCGAAUCCAUACAGGUUAAGACCGUUUGUAGGAGUAAGGAUGCCUUUAAAUAGCAGCUACACACCAAUAAUUUUUAUGCACAAUCCUCACAGUACUACAAUUCAGCUAACCGAAAUGUAUUCCAGUGGAGGAGAUUUACAUUUAGAAUUACCUGAUGGUGAAAGUGAAGCUCCAAAGUCAUUAUGGGAAAUUCCUCCAUAUGAAACUAAGCCAGUUAUUAAAGCUAAUUUUAUUGCCAGGGUCGAAAAAAACCAUACUGCAUUUAUUCGUAUUAGAACAAAUUGCACAAGAGAAGAUUAUUUAUUGUUACCUGUUGAAGUUGAUGUCUCAUCAGCACCUGGAAUAUAUUCCCCUACAGAAAUACUUGACUUUGGAGUAUUAAGAAGUGAUGAUCAGCCAAAAGUAUUAACUCUUUCACUGCUAAAUUCAGGACCAAAACAUGUUCAUUUAGUGAAUGUUAUUGCUACUCCUGUUAAUGAAGCAGUAGAUGUUAAAUUUAUGCCAUUAAAAAUACCUCCAGAUACUGUAUUCAGCACACAAGUAGCUACAAUAACAUUUACACCUUCAAGAGCUCUUCAUCCAAAGCAGUGCUGUGGGAAAAUAGUUAUUAAAUCAAAAAAUAAUCAGUACAAAUUGCAAAUACCAUAUCAAGUACAACUUAUUAGAGGGUUUCUUGAUUACAACAAAAAUUGCACAAGGUUUUAUGUUGGUCAGCAGAAUAGCAGUCAUAUUAAAGAAUUUAAUGUUACUAAUAAUUUCAGUGUUGUUAUUAUUGUUUAUAGUAUUUCAUUACCAGAUGAAGCCAAAGAACAUUUUACAGUAAAGAUGGCUGAAUCUAUUAUUUUAAAACCAGGAAAAUCUGCAACUGUUGCUUUCUUAACAUUUAAACCCACUGUACCAGAUUUACAACUAACUUCAUAUCUCAGAUUGCAUACAAAUAUUUCUCAUUUUGACAUUCCACUUUUAUGCUUCACUGGGCGAUUGAAAGUGUUUUUACCUCAUGCAGUGAAUGAAAGUUUUAUUGACUUUGGUACAUUAGGAAUGGGAGACAAGCGUACUGUUGUUUUUGCUGUGAUUAAUGAAAAUCCUGUUGAUGUAAAUUUGAAGUUUUGGGGAUCUAAUAGCAGUAAAACAUAUGUGGAACUUGUUGGAGUUGACAAAGGAAAUGCCAGUACUUUAGCUUGGCGUCAAAAUUUUUCUGCUAUGGCGCGAAGUCUUAUAUUAAAGCCACAACAUUAUGCUAUAUUCCGCAUUGGUAUUACAGCUCCAAAUCAUGAAGGAAUAUUUCAUGGACAAGCAUUUGUUGAAACACAGUAUGAAAAAAUAAAUGUCCCCUUUAGUUUGAGAACUGCCAAAGGUGCUUUGAAAGUUGAUGAGAUUUUUUUUGAAAAUUCUUUUCCUGGUAAAAUAUCAACUCAAAGCCUGUAUGUUCACAGCACUUUUUCACAUUCCAUGACAGUAACUGGAAUAUCUACUGUUCCUGAAGAUUCUAGAUUUACUUUUGAUCCUUUGAAACAUGGAACUCCAGUUUUACAUCCCAAUUCAAAAAAUAUGGUUGGGAAAAUUCAUUUUGAUCAUAGAAAAUAUUGCAAGCAGAAAUGCUACAGUGGCUUGCCAACAACAACAUCUAUGGGUCAUCAGUGGCUGUUAGGAAUGGCUUUGCCACCCGAUGUUGGGGAAAUGGAUGGAGAAUUAUUUCGGACACUUUCCAAGAGAUGGCACAGCUUAAUAGAUUUGGAGGAAAAGACAACAAAUAUUACUCUGAGGAUUGAUACUACUGAAGUUCGAGGCUAUCUUUUGAAAGCUCACGCUUCUUUACAUUGGCCACGUAUGUUUAGCAGAUACAAACUAAAAUUUCCGAUAACACAAAUUGGAAAUCACACUGUUAAAGAUUUCACCCUUGAAAACCCAUCUAGCCUGCCUGUAUUAGUUCAAGUUGUUCCAUUAUCGUUAUAUCCAAAUCCUGCAAACAUUAUUAGCAUUUUAAAAGAAAGAUAUGGAGAUGAUUUUGGGGGAAAUAAUAUUAUAAAAGAUUCCGAAGUCUUUUCUUUAGAAGAUUUAGAAGAUAAUAAUCCAAACCCAGAUAAUCAUAUACCUGCAUAUAGAAAAAGUUUAGAAGAAUUUUUUGGAAUACAGACACAUAAGAAAAGUAUUGCUAUGUUACUUACUCCAGGCAUGAGAGUUAGAAUUCAAGUGGGCUUUACUCCCAAAGAUGACAGUUUGAAAUCAUCAUUAAUUUUAAUCAGGAAUAAUUUAACAGUUAUGGAUGCUCUUCUUGUGCUUGGGCAAGGAGGGUAUGGACAAAUUAAAUUUGGAAACAUACCUCCGGGGAGUGAUUCGAUGCUGAUGUUUGAAUUGACGGAGCGUCUGUUAAAAGACUGCGACAGUACUAAAAUUCCGAAAUACGCCUCACCAAAUUUUACUGUGCGAAGAGCUUUUACAGCUAGAAACACUGGAGCAUUGCCAAUGUAUGUCAAGGGUUUCGACAUUAAUGGGAAACCUUGUCAAGGAUAUGGGUUUCGAAUAUUGAAUUGUCAAGAAUUUGAAUUGAAGCCUAAUUCAAGUAAAAAGAUUGAUAUUGCGUAUACUCCAGAUUUUUCUUUAACACAUAUUGAACGAACUCUAAAUAUUCAUACAAGCCAAGGCCCUGAAGGUCAAAUUUUACAAUAUAAAAUUGUUGCAACUGUUCCUCGUCAUAUGCUAUCAUUUUGUUCAGGAGCAUUACCUAGACCACCUUGGGAGUUUUAUGUUUAUUGUACUUGCAUAAUUUUCUCCAUAUUUGGGAUUCUAUCAAUGAUGUGUUUGGCUUAUAUGGACAGUAAACGUAUUUUGCACAGUACCUUUUUCCCUUUUAUUACUCUUGGAAUUCAUACAGAAAAGAUAGACAAAGAAAACAUUUUUGAUUUGAAUGCUCUUUGUACAAUUAGUCUUGAAAAUAGCUUUAUAAAACAUAAUUGUCCUCAGACUGAAUUAGGCAGGAAGAAAGAAAACUGUGUUGAAAACGCUACAAUAUCCGAAAAUGGCUUGAAUGCUCUUAAAAAUCCUGAAAUAUCUACUCCUAAAAAAAAAGAAUCUCUUCAUUCUCGAGAAUUCGAUGAUAUUGUUAGCGAUGUGAGUAAGCAUUCAAGGAAAAGAACUUCGAAGCGUCAGAUACAUGAAAAUUAUUAUUUGGAACCAAGUUUAAUUGAUAUUAAAAAAACACAAGCACGAAAUAGUUGGACUCGCUUUCUAAAACCUCCAUUUUCUUUCCAUUCUUCAAAUGUUAAUAAGCCAAGUGUUGCUACUCAGACCACUCCUAUUUCUACUGAAGAAGAUGAUAGUAAGUCAUUUAAAGAAUUAGACAGAAUUGAUAAUCAAAGCAUUAAUACUUUUGAAAAUAUAGAAAAUAGUACGCCUAAAUUCAGAAAUAAAAAUGACCACAAAUAUAAUGAAGUGAAUAAUUGUUUUAAGAAAACUAAUGAUAUGUUGCUAGAAGAAGAAACAUCAUCCACGACUACAGAAACAUCAUCCACGACUACAGAGACAUCAUCCACGACUACAGAGACAUCAUCUACUACUACAGAGACAUCAACAACAGAAUCUGACAUAAGCGAAAGAGAUAAUCGAUUGCCUGAUGUAUGUGUAACUUCUAAAUCGCAGAAAAUACGCUAUAAAAAUAAAUAUAGAGAUGUCGGUACUGGAUGUAAUUCUCGAAUGGUAACCAAAUCGGUGAAUACUGUUGAUGGUAAAGGUUUUGAGUUGAGUUCUAAGAGCAAAAGUCAUAAGAAAGUAAAAGUUGAUCCUUCAAAGGCUUUUGGUGGUGAUAUUCUUCGUCCAAGAACUUUCAGUACUUUGGAACUGCCUUAUAAACCAAAGCCCACUGCAGGAGAUGAAAAAGAUGACUGUCUUGAAAUGUACUCAGAAGAGGACUUGGCUGCUGUUGUUAAUGGAAAGGGAAAUGGUGUGUUUCAAAUUGCUGAAGAUGAACUAAUUGACAGUGCUGAUCAGAAUCAAAAUUUUACUCUUCGGCAAGGAAUUCAUAGCUGCUUGUGGAUAAAAACUUCUGAGCUAAAGUCCCCAUUGUCCCUUGAAUCCCCUUUUUCGAAAUUCCCUUCUUAUUCUGCUGCUGUAACAAAAGAAGCAUUGAUAAAUAAUGGGGAAAAUGAUGUUUCUAUAUAUGGAAUCAACAGAAUUUCUUCAGAAUCUAUAAAAUCUAUCAGUUCUUCCAAAAGUAAACGAACUCCUAAUUGCCAUCCUUUUGUAAAAAGGUCAAGUAAACAUUCAUUUGGACAAAAUAGCUGGAAUUUUGAGAACGGUGAAUUAUUCGGUUCCUCUGAUGUAGAGAGUAAUCUGUUAGGAUCUAAAUUAAGGCACUGGAUGUUACAGUCUAGUCCCAAUUGCUGUACUUCAUUUAGUGAUUCUGCUGGUGUUUAUAAGAAUGAAAAUCGAUCAUUUUGUAAUUCUCACUGCAAGUUUGCUGGAAAUUGUUCCAUUUCUUCAAAUAAUAUAUCUACUUGGUGCGGAAAUUCGCAAGUAUCAUGUUUAGAACAGUCACUGCAAGCUGAACGUUUACGUUUGGAGGCAUGUAAAAAUCAGCUAAAUGUUUAUAAUGAUUGGCCUGGUUUUGAUUUAACUCCAGUUCGAGAAAGUUUCUGGGAUUCUAAUUAUAGCCCAUCUGGAGGUUCUUGGACUGAAAAACCUGAGGAAACUGAAAUGUCGAAUGUAUCGCCGAACAGUAUAUGGAGCAAUCCUUUAACAUCUGUUUGGGAAUCAGAGGCUUCAACGUGGACCUCUAACACAUGUGAUAAUGGGAAUUGUGUUGAUGAAGCAUCAAUGAAUGAAAACUUGCUUAUCGAUUCUGAGAAAACCGCUUCUGAAAAUAAGGAAUCUGCAGUGGGGGAAUUCGACCCUUUCCAUACACCAAGUGCACUUUGGAUGUCUCAAUUAAGUGAAAUGAAAGAAAAUUUUACCGGCUCUUCUGAAUCAAGUACAUGGUCUUUCAGUUUAUUUUCGAAUCCUUCUCAAGUUCUGUUCCCAGAAAAUUCCCAAGAUUCUAGUGAAACUGUAGGAAAAGUUGAAACGAAAACUUCUGAAAAUUCUGCUUAAAAUGUAAAAGCCAUUUAUUGUAUAGUUACUUUAAAAAAAUACUUAUGUAAUAUUCAUGUUCUAGCAGUGUUAAAUAUUAAAAGAAAAAUUUUUUUUUUUUUUUUUUUUUGAAAGGAAGCUCAUAAUUUUUGUUCUGCUGCAGUAUAAUUGCUGAAUUGUUGAAAAUUUCUAUUGUUCAUUUUAUUUUUUACAAUAUGAUUUAUUUAUAAAAUGAUCUAGUCUACAAUGUUAUGUUUUUUCUUGUAAUUUUAAUUGAGUUUGUAUCAUAAAUAGUAUUAUCGUAAAUACUCGUGCCUUCUUACUUUAUUUCGUUGUUUCUUUUAAUAAUCCAGAUUUCAAGUGCUUUGAAAUUAGCUGUAUAUGAAACAAAAAUUACUUUUUUGUUUGAGAUUUUCAUCUUGACCAAAUUCCAGCUAAUACAUUUAAAAAAAAACAUUAUUGGAUUUUUAAAAAAUGUAAUCUUUGUUUUAAAUCGUGUUAAUGUUUCUCAUUACACGAUGCUGGAUUUUUGUUCAAAGCCAUAAACAGUGCAGUGACUUUCUAGUGAAUCAUACUCAAAUUUAAUUUUCUGUUCCUUUAUGUUUGACUGCUUAUUUGGUCAUUUAAGAUGCUCAAUAUACCGUAACUUUUAUGACAAAAUUUGUUGCAACUGUUAUAGCACUCUUUAAAGCUUAUAAUUUGAAAGUGAAAAUAUUGUGUGUUUUUUUCUAUUGUUACCGAAAACUUAUUGUCGAAAUUUUUUUACUCUUUUUCAACCAUUUAUAUUUAUAGGGUGAAGACUAAUUUGUUAUUUUUUUUCUGUGAAAUAUAUUAUCACUGCUUAGUUACAAAUAAUCAGAUUUCAUGUCACGAAUUAAAAUUCUAAUUCUUUUCUUAGAGUUCGUUUUUUUUAACUCAGGUGGCCAACUUGCGCAUCACUUUUGAAAAGUGUUGCUUUGAAUGAUUUUAAGCUGUAAAAAAAUUAUUUAUUUAUUUAUCAGCAAUUAAGAAUCAGACUUAGUUAAGUUUUUAUCAUUAAAAUAUAUUUACCAACUUGCCUUCUCAAACUAUGCAAUAAAUAUAUUUUAAUAGCUUAUAAUUUAAGAGUCAAGAUAUUAUUUUUCUUAUUAGUCCGAGAAACUUACCUCGAAAUUUUUUUACUCUGUUUCAACCAUAUAUAUAUAUAUAUAA